AUGAACCAUAAACAUUUGUUAAGCUGCUGUGUCGAGAUAUUAGACUCUUUUAACCCAAGGAUUCAUGGUGUUUUGGAACAUCUGAAUUCUUGUUUAGCGACUAAGCAAGUAAGUAAAAUUUUUCUCCUUUUAAUUUAGUGGUACCAUUAGAGGAAAGAAGUUUACAGGAAAAAAACACAAUUAGAAUUUAAGUCUUACAUAUAAUUUUAAAAAAUUAGGGGCUCGAAGAAAGCGACGAAUCAUUCGUAACAGAGGUUUUCUCAGGAUGUGUGCAGUACAGCAGCAUUAUGAAGGUCUGUAUGAAUUAUCUUAAUUUUAUGCUAUAAAAAAUUUUAAAAAUGUUGGUUCUGUCUGAAUGCUACAUGUACCAGCUAUAUACAAGUACACUUGCGGUAAGUAAAUCAUUUUCUACGAGCUUUGAAAAGAAGUACUAUAAUUUCUGUAUUAAAUACAGUAGGUCAUACAUAAGACCUGGCGGUAACAAUCAAUAGAGAAAUCACUCGAGAUGAAAAUAUGUCAAAAUUUUCAUAUUUUCAAUUUGGAUGUUAUCAGUCAUUUGGUCAUCAAAACCUCAACUGACAUUUUGAAACUGAUCAUUCGACUCAAAGAAUUAAGCCACCAUGCUUGUUUUUGUCAUUUUUGUUGUUGUAUUUUAAAGUUUGGGUGGUUUUAACUUGAUUGUGCACAAGUAACCACACGUUUUAUAUUUGUGUUUUGAUGUGAUUUUUAUUUAGGUUGUUGUAGAUGCAUUUUAUGCCGAGGCUGGAAAGACUUCACUUCGUUCUGAAAGAAAUGUUUACACAGGUAAGGGCAGUACUUUUAUAUAUACUGAAAGUAUUCACAUCAAAUACCUAUUGGAAAAGUUGUUUCAAAAUGCCUAGACAUUAUUUGGCUGCAGUCACACUUAGCACUAUGGAAACUACACUACAAACAGGCAUUGAAAAUAUUUUAUCACAAAUUCAUCAUAUUUAACUUGAAUAAUACAGUUAAAAUCUCACUCACACCUUUUGUUUCAGUAUUGGCAUACUUGGCACUGUACAGAAUUGAUGAAUUAGGGAUUGCACAUUUCAGAAAAUUUGUCUUGAGCCAUGAAGCAAACAAGAUGCAUCGAGUGAGUCGUUUUAGUAUUUGUUGCCUUUUCUAAUACAGAAAACAUUAACUUUUUUUUUUUGCCUUAUGUACUACAAUGUCUGAGGUAGGAAUAUGUAUAGUAUAGUAAUUCUUAAUUCAUGCAGCACAACUUAGUAAUUUCAUAAACAUUUUCUUGUUUUUGUUACCCAGUUUUUUUCAUUCUUUUUCAAUGAAGAGAACAUCAAAACUUGGAUGAAAAAUGAGGUAAAAAUAGUUAAUAAUAAUUUGAAAUAGUUGCUUUUUUAACUAAAAACAUACAUAUUAUUAUCACAUUUUAUAAACCUACGCUGUAUUUAAACAUUGCAAAGCUGGAGAGAUGGACAUCUAAUAGAUAUAUUUCAUGGAAUUCUCCUCUCUGGAGUUACUAGUAGAAAUUCAUAUGAAAAAUAAAAGGUCUGUUGGGCAAAUGAAUGAGGUCUGUUUUUUACUUGUGAAAAUGCCUAAUUUCAUGCUUUUUGGAGGACAUAAACAAUUUUCUAUUCUUUUCAAGAUUGCACUUUGAUACAGUCCUUUGGGAUUUAUCUCCAGGAAAAUUUGGCAAGAUUUGACAAAUUAAACAACGUGGACCAACAGCGAUGAAGUUUGCAACACCACUGCAUGUAACAAUACAUGCAGAGGUGUUGCAAACUUCAUUGCUGUUAGUCCACGUUGUAUUAAUUUUUCAAGUGACAUUCUCACUGCCAUUGCUGUCGUGCUUGCUUAAGCUCCCUAUCAUUUAAAGGGCUGUGGGGAAAUGAGUCCCCAACUGAGUCUUAAUGUAAGGUUCAAUUUUCCUUCUAUUUCACAGGCAAAUACACAUUGGUAUAAAUUUUUCGAAGUAGAUUAUUCCAUGCAUGAUGAGAAAUCACUUAGGAUUUUUUUCAUGCAUCCCUUCAUGACUUUUCAGAAUUUUUACAAUAAAUAAUAUUAUGGUUUUUAAGGUUAACAUCAUUCAAUUUUUUUAUUAUUAUAACUAUAAUAAAAUUAAUUAUUAAUAAUUAUUAUUAUUUUGGUAGUGGUGUAAACACUAUGAACACAGCUAUGUCCAAACAACUCUGGUAUCUCCAUUGUUGAGGUGAGUGAGAGAUUUAAGAAGGUCACAGUAGUAUGAAUUAACAAACAAAAAUGUGGACAAAGUUACUGUCUUUGAACAAUGAUUGUCAGUCUAAUUUUGUAGUCAAAAUGCAUAAACAUGUUUGGUGAUUAUAGGAAUGUUAACUUCAUUAUUUAGGUGGAUGCCUGAGUUGCUUGAUCUGGUGGCUGAAUUAGGAGAUAAAUUAGCAAACAAGCAGAAGCCACGCAGACCAAAACCAGCAACAGGUUAGUGUUUGAAAUGAUGCUUAAAUUCUUGACCCAUCAGUUAAGUAUGAGUUAAACACUCAGACAUUUUAUAUCUGAUUUCUAAAAUAUUUAAUAACAUAACCCAAUCAUGUCAUCUGUUUCAGAGCCUAAACCUUUUAACUUAACAAAGCCCAGACCAAGGAGUGUUCCUAUGCCUGAAAAGGUGAGCACGUCAAAAACAAAUCUUUUUCAAAGCCUGACACACAGUCUGUGAGUGACCAGCUAUACUCCUUAACAGGCUGCUCUUUGAUUGCAUCCUCCCUACUGCUCUGUCUGACUAUACCAAUAUUGGUAAAUUAAGGGGACAUUACCAUCUAGUCAACAUGGAAGUGUCACUUGCUGUUAAACAGAAAAUAUUUUUUUAAGUGAGGUAAAGAAUAGUCUGAAAUGUCAUUUGUCUCUUCCCCCCACCCUCCCUUCCCCAAUGGGCGGUGAGGUGAGAGAGAUGACUGAAUGACCCAACAUUAUUAAUAAUGCCAUCACGUGACGUCACAGAAUAAUUUAUGCAAUUAUGCAUAAAUGUCUAGUUGGGGGCUAUGAGUGACAUGAGUGUGCUUUUCAAAAUGGACUUUGUCAGCACCUGAACAAUUAUCUUGACUGAUUUGGACAAUUCUCCAUAGUUUAAGCUUCCAUAGUUUAAGCUACAGGUAACAAUGGUUUGUAUUCUACACCAAUCAGCGUUGACUUACCAUUUUUGCGAAAGUCUGUGACGACACAGGACAGCAUUAUAAUGCUGUAAAUUCAGAUGUCUCUCUCACCUUACUGCCAGAGCAGGAGGGGGGGGGGGUGUUGCGAAGAGACAGAUUUCAGACUAUAUAAUAAGCUUUGCUCUUAAAACAAACAUACAAUCUAAACAGAGCCAACAUGAGUCAUCCUUGAGGCUAAAUUUCUUUCCCUGGUUACUCGCAAUAAUACAGUUGAACUUUCACUAAUGGCCACCUCUCCACAAUGGCCAUUUUUUGGCAGACAGUCCAUACUCUCACUCUUGUUUCAACAUCUCUACAACGGCCACCUCUCUACAAUGGCCACUUUUUGCUGUCCACAAGGUGGCCAUUGUAGAGAGGUUCAACUACUGCAAACUGAAAUACAUUUUUAAGGCCCCGAAACUUUUCCAGUAAAGGCAACUUGCUCCCAAUGGAAGGGCGCAACCCCACCCAUCUCUCCUUCUAAAUUUUCCCCACAUCUGUCUAUUUUUCCUGAUGUCUAUAAUUUACCAAAAUUGGUUUCCUCUUUUUCAGAUACCAAAAUUAAAGAAGCUAAAGCCAGUAAGUAGUAAAAUACAUUGUACAUCAUCACAGUAAUUUUGGUGCUUUAGUUGGGACAUGACACAACACCUCUCCCUAGGAAGGAGCAUGGUGUGAGAACCCAAAUAUCAAUAAUAAUGUGUACAGAAAGAAGACAGAAUUAUUGUUAAGUAGAUCAAUUUUUCCCUGGUUGGGGAGGAGAACUCUAAUGGAAUGCUCAUUAGUUAAUUAAGUAAGGGGUGUAAAUAGUAUAUUAUUUAAAUUACACGUAGUUUGCUGAAGAUGGAAUGUGUGUGAUUUCACCCAAUUUAGGUGCUGCUAAGGUGUUACCGUGUGUGAGGGAUAAAGCAAGCAAAAAUUGUAAAAAAAAGAGAGGAAAAAAUGAAGAAAGCAAUCACUGACAACAUCCUUAUUGCAAUUAAAGUUACUGUUCGGUAAAACUUAUUUGGCUUCUUUUUGAACGCCUUUUAGGGGUCAUAUAAAGCUUGAGUCAUGCCCAGCUUGGACUCAUGAGAAUUCCAAUUUUCUGCUCAAUAUCAGUGCCCCUUUCACAGUAGUCACCCCCGCCCAAUAAGACUCUUACUACCUGUUUAAUUUUCACCAUUAAGCUGAAUUAAGCCUUUUAAUCUCACGUGGGUGAUUUCAGAGACACUUUUUUUACUAAAACUUACUUCUAUUUUUGUUUGUGGCAAAAAUAGGUUCCUCAAAGCACAUACCGAGCACCAGUUGAAGAAGACGUCAUUGCUAAAAUCCGGGAAGAAAAUAGACGUAGAGCAGAGGUAAGACUGAUGAAACAGGAAUGAAAGGUUGUUUCUCUUUCUGCAAAGUGAUCACCGUUCGUUUUGUCAAAAAAUUAUAAACGUUUAUGAAAGAGUAAUUUUGGAGCAAUCAAUUGAAAUUGCAAACGGGGUGACCGUGGUCAGGAAAAGUCGAAAAAUUCAAAAGCUCAGAGACCCAGUUGUCCUAAUCGUUAUAAUUUACAGACGUUUGACUGAAGUAAACUCCCGCUAUUACUUACUCUUAUUCUAAUGAGAGGAUACUAACUCAAGGUCGCUACAGUGUCCGCUGUAAAGCAAGUCGACUGUUACUCCUAAAUGGGUAUGCUAAAUUGCCUAAUACGAAAGUAAAUCCGUUGUUGCCGGUUAGAUUAAGAAUUUUCUGAGAAGAGAAAUACAAGGUUCAAGCCCAAGGGGGGUGCUGGAUGAUUGUUGUUUGUUUGGGCUCUGAAUGGCCUGUUCCGACCAGGAGUUCAGAUAGUGAAUAGUGGCGCCAAAUGGAGAGCAGAAAGAAAAAAAACGGAACCACCUCGCUGUAAUUUCCUGGUCACGUUGAUUUGCACCGUCCCUGAAUACCUGGAAAAGGCCAGGCUCUGAAAUAAGCUUUUUAAAAGGAAGAGUAGAGAACUAUCAAGGGCAUCUCUUUAUUGGCUGUUAAAAUUUACUAACGAAACAGAAACUACAUUGUAUCAAAUCAGCUUUGUCACUCCUGUUAAAUGCUACCUCAAAGUUCACAUUUUGGACGGCUUUAUACGCAAGGCUCAAGGGUCUCAUUUUUGAACCUCUUAUUUGUCUCUUGACCGCAGGAGGAACUGAUCAGGUCAUCUGCUCGCCAACCAGCUUGUGCCAGCGCUGAGAAAUCAGACAAAGCUAAAAGAAGAAUGAGAAGAAUUAUCGAUGAAGAAAAUUCCAAGUAAGUAACUAAAGCUAGCUGGUCUUUUGUAAUGAAUGCGAAAGCGGCUAAAGUAUGUUGGGUAGGUUGAAAACGUUUAGGCAAACACUAUCCCGGCACAACUGAGUUUCUUGUUACAUAUAUUUGCUACAUCCCUCAGCGUUUUCUAUGCGGCGUUUAUUUCAAAAUCACAUCUCUUGAAUAAGUGAUAGUCAUUUGUACCUGUAAAUACACUUUAUACAGAGUAGCCAGCGAUUACAGCCGCCUGUCAUCGAGGCCUAAAAGAAGAAAGAUAUUUAAGUUAAUGUUAGACUUCCCAUGUGUCGCGUUUUUGCCGAGAGAGAGUCGUAAUUGUCUAGAAGGUGUAGGUAUAAACCAAGUUGCAAUGAGUUAUAAUCCUCUAAUAAAAGCAGCACUCGUGUGACUGGGUGCGGCGUUUAAUCGAGUAAAUACGGUAAUAAUCACUUAUGGAAUAUGUGGGCUAAGAGCGCAAAAAUUUGUGUAUUCAGAUGUAUUUAGAAGCGAAAGAUUUCGACGAAAUCGAUCGCAAAUUUUGCGCAGGGCAUGAUAGGAUCCCUGAAUAAUCCUUCUUUGAACUUUGUCGUGUGAUCUUUUUGCACACGCGAUCAUGCAGUGCAUGAGCGCCGUAUACAGGUGUAUGGUAGAUCUUUCCAACUAGUGUUUCUAUCUUUCUUUGCAGGUUACAGUUUAAUAAAGCGAAAGCACAGGAAAUGCCUUCAACUACGGUGAGAUAUCACUGAUUUUCGUUCACUCUGUGUUGCAGUUACCAGUAAUACCACUGUUUUAUUGAUAUUAUAUCUAACCCCAUACACUUUAAGCAGCAACGAAACGGAGGGUAAACUAAAGCAAGGACCAUCGGACACAUUUGCCAUUAAUGUGGGGGAAAUCGCCUGUUAAAUGCCAUUGCAUGACCUUAAAUUUUUAAGGCUUUACUUCUUCUGGUACUACGAGCUGAAGCCUCAGCUUUCAACAACAGAAUAUCGCAGUAGGAUUUAGUUUUACGCUACUUUUAAUGAGAUAAGCCGGAUUCCGAUAUUGAGAUCUUAAGCACUAGUUGGAAGUUUUCUUUCUUUUCUUUCGAGCGCUCAUCACGUUCUUUGUAAAAUUGUCAUCUUUGACUAUGACGGUAAAAAAUCAUUCUUUUUGUUUUUCAGGGCGGAAACAUUCCGAUCAAGUUAAAUGCCGCUACAAUCAUGAGAGAAGGAGCACUGUUUCAAAAGAAGGAAGAAGAGGAAUUAAAAAAGUAAGCUUUUCUCUUCAAUUUAACUUUGUCUUGGUUGUCUGCUUUGUUGUGUGUGUGUUUGAACGCAUUUUAUCCCAACAAUUUAAUUUUUUUUCUUGCAGACUAUUAGAGUAUGAAAAGGGUGGAAGAGAUGCCUCCGAGUUCUUAAAAUGGCAAGAAACUACAAGAAAGGUAUUUAAGUAUUAAAAAUAUAUAUAUUGUAGACAACGAGGAAACUUUGCACGUGCAUUACGCUUUUUUGGACAUUUCUUUGCCAUUGUUGCACGACCACGAAGUAAAACUGCCUAAUCUUGCGUUUUGUUGAGGAAGUGAACACAGAUACGGUCCUUUAAUUGGAAGUGAACUCCACAAAAAUUCACCAACAACUGACAAAUUAGACGGCACAGAACGACAGCGAUAAAUCUUGAAACAGCAUAAAUUCACUAUUUAAUAGACGUUUUCGCCACCUGCGUCAUCGUUGUUACUUAAACUCCCGAAUAGAGAUUCCUCGAGUUGAUUGUAUGUGUGUUUUUUAUGCGGAAAAUGGGAGUUAAAAUACACUUAGGAAGACGCUGUCUUUAUAUCCUUGGUUACUUAUUCAUUUACUUUUUACACGUUUUUAUUUUGUUGUCGUUGUUGUUCUUUUAACGCAGAAAGACCUGGACGAAAAGCUGGCAGAAAUCGAGAGACGAAGAUUAGUAAGUAAUUAAAACAAGUUUUUAGAUUUUGUUUCCAAGACUGUUUGCAUGGUCAUAGCUGAACCAUGCUCUCUUUGGUGUUCCAUAAUUGUAAUCUGUCUUCUUCUUUUUUUUAAAGGAGGGAAAAUUGAGCUAUGAAGAGGCGAUAUUAGCCAGACAAACUAUGAUCAAGGAAAAUCAACAACGAGUUAUGGAAAUGAAAGAAAAGGUAAGGAGAAAAUGACUAAAAGUGGGGAUUUAGGUGGAGAGAACCCCUUCCCAAGUUAUUUUCAAGGCUAGCAAAACCAUGAACAAGUAUCUUGCGUGAAAGCUCUUGAAGGCCCUGGAAACGUUGGUGGGAGGCGCCGGAGUGCUCUGAACACUGCGCCAUCUUUGCUUUCGCUCUCAAAAGGGGCCAAAGUCAAAAUUCAACAAAUUUUCCAAAUUCCAUUUUGUAAAAUACUGAAAAACAGCUGACACCCUGUGAACGUACGACCAAAGAGCUUUCAUUUGAAUGGUCACCUGACCAUAGGAUUUCAUCAUCAGACUUAAACUUUAAACUACAUUCUAAACAAAUAGUACCAUGUGAAAGUACUGCUGGAGAGGUUUCAUUUGAAUGGUAACACCAUAGGAUUUCAUCCACAGAAUCAAAACUUAGAACUACAUUCUAAAUAAAUAUAGUACCAUGUGAAGGUACUGGCAAAGAGUUUUUAUUUGAAUGGUCACACCAUUGGAUUUUGUACACAGAUUUAAAAGAUAGAACACUUCACAAGAAUGAGAGGGUUAAAAUUUAGUAAUAAUUUGGUUCACAGACCAAAGAGAUGAUGCAGAAGCAUCUGGAGAAAAAGUCAAAAGAAGGAGAAGAAAUGAGGUUUGUGCUGCCUGUACUGAUUGAACUGAAAUCUUUGACUUGUAUUAUCAAGGCGUCAGUUUUAACUCGCUUGUGCCUCAGGCCGUGCGGUCAAGGGUUUAAUUUUUUUUUUCAAUUGCAGAAAACUUGUUGAGCAAACUAUGAUGGAGCAUGAAAAUACCAAAGAAGCUCGAAGAAAACUUCAAGAAUACAAGCAAAAACUUGGUAAGGAGUUUUUCGUAGAAUUCUUUCAUCGGUCUACAAGGUAUUUUGUAUGAUAUUUUAUUGGACUUCUUGAUCAUAUUACAUGGACGAACAGAUGUUGUUGUAGUGCCUUGUUUUAUUGAUGGUUUACACCAAUUCUGCAUGAUCACUUCAAGUUGCUACUUACUCACAUUUUACUCGCAUUUCUUCAUCGUCCAGUUUGGCGUGGUUUUGUUGCUUUAACUGUUACAUAUUUUCAUUGGCGUUACUGAAUUUUUUUCGUCUUUUUUUCUUCUAGUUCAAGAAGUCAGCAAGGAAAGCCAAGAACUGAUGCGGAAAGCGUUGGAAGAGGUAACGUUAACUUUUUUACCGAAUUUUACUUUUCCUUUCUGCGGAUUAAAAGAUGCGGUAGAUGUCGCUAGACUUUUCCAAAAAAAAACAGGACGUAUUGAUAGUAAAUUUAGCGUAAUUUUUCCCAACCAAGAGAAGGAGGGUUACAAGCGAGGAGAUAGGUGCUGUAAUAUUUAGAUUCUUAUCAAAAGCUAACCUCCCAAGAGGGUUACUGAAUAAACGCUGUCAGCUAACGCCCAGUCAUAAACCUGUGAUUGCAAAAGAGAUUAAAAAGGUUCGUCAUCUGAAUGACUCAUGGAACGUUCAGUUUAUACAGCGAGGGGGUCAGGAGUAAAUCAGCGGAGAAUGAUAAAAAUUAAAAUACAAUUCCUUUUGACUGCUUUUCAGUAUUUAACUGUGUAACAUUUUUGAUUGAGGAGUUUGUAUUUUGUAGGCUGAGGAAGAAAUGAGGCAACGAGUCGCGUUGAUCGCCAAGAUACGAGCCAUAGAAAGUGUACCUGUAAUUAGGUUCAAGGUACCCUUCCUCUUAUUUCCAUAUUAAUCACUAGCUCAUUAGCCCUAAAUCAGUUCCUCUGAUAAACUGUAAUGUUUUUUCUAGUGUUUCACCAUUUUUUUAAUUAACUGCAACAAGACCUUUUUGACUCGGCGUUCAUUGCCUUUAUUUCCGGCAUUAACUUUAUGAUUGAUCAGGCUGCGACAUUAUAAGGAGAAAUUAAACGUUAAUCACCCUAAACUCAUUUACUCACAUGCUCUUUUCCAGCAAUGACUUGUAUCCCCUACAGACAACUGUUGUACCGUUGCUUUUGUUUUUCGUGAAGUAACGCUUUUUAUUUUUGUUCAAAUAGCAUGUAGAUCUCACGGAAAGUUCAGGAGCUGGUCUUCUUAGUGAAAUGUCCGUCGCGGAGGUGAGGCCGUUAGAAAUUAGAAAUUAGAAUUCACGUCAUUUUUCUGUGAUAAAACGUUUGUUAAAAAGUGUCUUUCAUUAAAGUAGUAGUUUCAGGAAUACCACCGGAUAGUAGACUACCGGUCAGCAGUCUGAGGCCAAACGCAUUAAUUUUAACGUUAGACGUGAAAUUUUACGUCUGGGGUUCAGCCCAGUCAAACUCUCUAUUUUAACGCGAAACGCUUUUUAGCAGUUGGGUAUGACGUUUGGCUUUGUGCUCUUGCUAUUUUUCUCCGAAAUUCUGUCAUUUUCCUACCACUGUGCAAGAUCAAGAACAGUACAGUUACUAAGGCUUCCUGCCAUGAAAAAGCUUAGCUUGUUUACUUGUUUGUAUGUUUGUUGUUUGGAAGUUAGCAUGUUUUCACCCAUUUUUUGAAAUUUUGUCCAAAAUGUUGCUGAGAAGUUUGCUUCAACCCUGCUUUUUAGUUACGGGAGAGGCUGGCUUUACUUAAAAUCGCAGAAAAGGAAGAAGAAGAGGAUAAGAGAGAUAGCAUUCUCAAAUCCAAAGUGGUAAGUAGUGAAGGCGUUAAAAGAACUGCGUCACGAAAUUUAUCAAAAUUCUAACAGCAAGAACUGCCACUGAACUAAGUGAAACAAAAAUAAUCGAUGAAAACAUUAAAAGAAGGUGAAAAGAGCAUAGCAAAUUCAAAAGUGGUCACGGAUGGACAACCUUAAAGAAUUUUUAAAACAGAUCGAAAUUGUGGGGUUUUGAAAACUUGUUAUCCUAACUGUUUAUCAAAGCUCAUUUUAAUUUAUUGUUUGUAACGUUUGAUACCAUGCUUGGGAAUUAUUUUUGUUGGACAAGAGGCUGUGAUUUUGUCAUUUACAAGAAAUUUCUUCCUUAACGUUAAUUUCCUUGGCGCAUAAGAAAACGUAAUCGGCAAUAUCAACGAAAUGAACGAAACAGCCGUGAACGGGUUAAGCUAUUGAAAUUGAUCGAGCUGCAAAACAAAACUACCCCUGCAAAACCUCAAGACUGCCCCGCGUUACAGACUCAUGCGCGGGGCUCGCCGCUGACCGACGUUGUCUGGUGUUUAUGCCUUGUUUAAUUUGUCUUUGGAAUUCUCAACAGGAGAAAGAUCAGCAUCUUAUGGACACUCUAGAAACCAUUGCUAAACAUCGAGCUCAGAAAGGAAAAGAGGCAGCCGUCCAGUAAGUAGCUAUAUUCGAGAGCUUAAGUAACGAAAAUGGCGACGGCAACGACAACGUCAAGAUAACAAUCGGCUAAAAUACGCAUGUUUAGGCUAUGUUUACAUUAUACUAGAUAGCUCUUACGCAGACAAUAAAACUAUACAGGGUAGGGCUUCUGUUCACCCAAUAAAAUUGUGCAAAUUUUCAUGUUAAACGGGGCAAAACUAUUUGUGUUUGAUAGGCUUGAACAAAAGAGGCGCCCAGUGAAAACGGAAAUGAAAGAUCCAAAACUGCAAGAAUUACAAGAAAAACUGGAGGCCAAGAAAGCAGGUAGGUUACCUCUGAGCACUGAUCAAGAGAUUUGUUAUAUGGCUGAAUCCGCGAGCGGGCAAGAUGAAGCGAAUCCUGCGUUCUGAUUGGCUACUCAAGCGGGCCGCUCGGGAGUUCCCGCGUUGGUCCCGUUAGAAAAAGUUUCCUUUUUGGCCAUACAAUAAACCCCUUAUUGACCAGGCUUGUUUGGUCAAGAUGGCUGGAUAUUGGCGUCGUUCUUUUUAGCGCUUUUAUUGACGUCGACUUCGUGUCGGUCAAUAAAAACACAAAAAAGAACUUGGCCAAUAUACAGCCAUCUUGACCGAACAAGCCUGGUCAAUGGCGCAUAUCUAUUGUACUUUGUUUGAUUAACAUUGUGUUGAAAUCAUUAUUGACUAUUUAAACUAACGCACCAUUGAAAGUAAAGAAAUUAACACACCAUUAACACCAACUAAACAUGUUUAAUUAAAGCAGGGUUUUAAAAAUGAAAAAGACUGACGGAAAACUAGUACACAGGCUUUUACCCAGAAUUCAAGUGAACUUUAACAUGUCAAAAAAUGGCCCUAAACUUACCAUCAAUAAGAGUACAGUAAACAGCUUUUAUGAAGAACACAAAUUUAAUCGUGUUUAACUAAACAGCUUUUAAACAUGUUUAAGCUUUGGGUUGAAUGGGGCUUGAGGAGAUUUUAAUUGAGAAUGUUUCCUGUUACAAACAGAUUUUAUUAACAUGUUAUAAAAUUUACUGAUCUAUGUCAUUUAUUUUGUUGUUGUUGUUUUUUAUAGAACGUAAAAUGGAAACUGAGAAGCUGGCCGUGCUGCCCAAAAAGAGCUCUGCCAGGCGACAAAAAACUUUGCAAACAGAAAAGGUUGGUGGCUUAUUGCCCACUUGUAUACUAACACUUGUACGCCAGACAAUUGCCGUAACAUGUUAAUACUGGUAGCCGCUAUCAGUCCAUUCAUGAGAUUACUGUACCCACCCAACCCAUGAUGUGAAUAAUGUGUGAAGGUUGGCCGCACCGCCGGGGUGUACGUUCCCUACUCUUUUCGAACAGUGGUGUGGGUUCUUUUACGUCCCACAAGAUCCUGAUAAGACAAAGUGAAAGUGCUGUGAGACGGGACCCACGGUUACCUCGUCAUGAACUUUUAGAAUUCCUUUUCACUGCUUACUCAAUUGUCUUUUAGCUUUCUGCAUUAUCGUUGCAAUGUUUAUCUUUGUUAAUCGUUGUGUUUUAUUAUCUUUGCACUUUUAACAAUGACGGUGGUUUUAUUUCAGGCGGCUCUUGAAAAGAUGAGAUGGAGAGAACUUGAACAAACUCGUGAAAAAGCAGCUAAACUUCGAAGCGAAGGACUGGCUAGUAGAAACUCUGCAGGAGUCAGACCCGUUACCACUCUAAAGUAA